CAAUCAGGCCGUGCCUCCAGAACCCCCUCGGCCGAGCCGACCUCUGAUGCACCCAGUUCGGCCGCCCCCCUCCGCCCCGAGGGCAGCAACAUCGGCCAGCUGUUGCACGACCUCACCUCGGCCGGACAAGCCCGUGGCUCGUCGGUCGCUAGUUCGAGUCCCCUCGAGCCGGUCGUGUCUGCGCACGAAUCAGAAAAACAACGCCAUGAUACAGCAAAGCCUGACGCCAGGCGUUCGGCAGAUCCGGGUCAAGAGGUCUCGGCUGACCGUGCUGCUCCGGCGCUGGAUCCGGAUCCGUUGACGUUUGCGCGGGUGCUGCGCGAUCCCAACUGGUGA